GACAACAAUACUAACCAAAACAUUCAUUAUAUUUGGAAUUUGGCCAGAGAACUGAUUUGUUUUCCAGUGCUCUUACAACGUUGAUUAAUCAUGGCAAACGGGACAUUGAUUUAUGGCAUUCUAAUCAUAUUGGUCAGUCUUAUUUGCACUUUCCAAAUGACAAAUUCAACAGAAAAAGAUCAAAUCUGUGAUAACCUAUGGCCAAAUAAUAGCAAACAAUUGAACAUACUGGCAGUUGGAAAGACAAAAAAAAGACUGCUAUUGAUAACCAAGGAUUUGCUUGUAUAUGAUGUAGCGGUCAAUUCAUUGGAUCGGGCCCAUAAAAAAUUACAUCUUGGAAGCAAACCAAUGGCAAUGGCAGACAAAUACCCUAUACUUUACAGUAGCAAUGUGUUUCAAUAUAUCAAAAAUGGACCACUCAUUGCAUUUACGAUGAUCGAUGAGGAUAGUGAAUGGAUUUGUCUAGUCACUACAAACACCAACCCGACUGCCGGAGUCAAUUAUGAUAUUGAUCAUUCUCAAACGAAACCUGGAUGGCAAUAUACUGGCAAUAUUUCACUAGUGAUGAUUUCAACCGACCAUCCAUGCCAGUUCUAUUCACUGAACGCAAGACAGGGUCUUCAAAUUAAUCGUUGGCAUUGUGAAGAAGGCAAACGCGUACGUGAUCGUCCAGGUAUAACGCCCAAAUAUCAUCAUUCAGCCAUAUGUUAUGACCAAACACAAACCAACAUUAUCUUGGAAAGAAUUGCAGAAAACGGAACAUGUAGUUCGGGAACUCCGGUAACAUGGCCAGUGUUGAAGGGAUUUGUGAGUGAGGGCAGAUUCUAUCUAUUCGGUCAAUCACAUAUCUAUGUAUUCGAUGAGAAUGUUUAUAGUGAACCAGCACGGCCAUAUCCGUUCGAGGAACAUAGUUAUGAUUCAUUCUUCAAUUGUCCGGGCAUUAUUCCGCCCAAUGCAGUCAUGUCCGAUUCAGAGUUUUAUGGCAUGAUUGCUACAAUCAUAGUGUUAUUGGCCAUAGUAUUGAUCAUCACAUGGUGUAUAAGUCGUAUUUGUGAUCGACGAAAGCAACGAUCAUUGAUUGAUGAAAAAAACGAGAUGAAUAGCAAAUUGAAUUUAUCGAAAUUGUCAACAAAUGUUUCUACUCCAAAAAGUAUGGCUUCGAAAAUGAUUAGCGCACCUGUAAGGAAUGGCAGUCUAUCAUUAUCCGGUAGAUCAGAAAUGGCAACCGUUGAUACUAGCGUCGAUAGUAAUAAGAGUAGUAAAAUCCCGCUCACACCAAAUACUCCCAAUCAAUUAUCCAAACCAAGUGAAAGCAGUCGCCGUCGAUCCAUUUCGCUGUCUAAAUGAAAUUUUCUAACAAUUUUAUCAAAUAAAAAAUAAUUAAUUAAU